AUGGCGAAUACUGAUCAAGUUUUGUUUGCUCUUGUCCCAAUUUCCAUUUUGGGAUCUGUUUUAAACUGGUCAAGUUUCUAUACUAUUCGCAAAUUGGCCUCAUUCAAGCACUCAUUUGGGUAUCUGUCAUCGAAUCAGGCACUCGCCGAUGCUCUUCAUUCAACUGUUUUCUUGUUGUACUUUUGCCCAAUGGCUUUACUAGACAACUCACUCAUGAAGCAAUAUUCCCAUAUUUGUGGUUUCAUCCUACUUUUCUUCUAUGAGCUCUCCGUGCUCACACACCUCCUGAUAUCUUUGAAUCGUCUCUUCUCGGUUUGGUUUCCAAUUGCCUACGAUAAAGCUUUCAACCUGUCCAAAACCAAAUACAUGAUUUUCAUUUUGUGGAUGUUUGAGCUUACUUUUGCUCUAUGUUUUUACGAAUACCUCUGUCACUUCUACUUCGAUGAGAAAAUCCGUUUUCUGACCUUCACUAAUUCUCCAGUGUGUGGAAUUGUUGGUUGGUAUGGAGAUUUUCUAAAGAACGUCUUUAUUGUCGCAAUCAUAAUGACCCUCGACAUAUGUACCUUGAUCAAAGUCAAGCUGUUAUCCUGUAAACUAGGAAGUGGAAUCAGUCCAGCUUCUGUCCGGAAGCUCUCUUCUCGUGAUCGCCGCUUCUUGCGUCAAACUGUGAUUCAAGGAUCCGUUUUUAUGUUGGAACUUCUGACAUAUUUCUUCAUUCCACAAUAUUUUGAAAAUCGAUGGAUUGUAUUUUUUGGAACUUCAUUUGCAUGGGUUGCAGUGCAUGUGGCCGAUGGAUUAAUUGUAAUACUGUGCAACCCGGAUGUACGCAACUUUAUUUUCCGAAAGAAGAAAUCUUAUCAAGUGUCUACGACAAUCCAUGUUUCAGUCUUACAAUGAAAGUAGUUAA